UGCCGAAGAAGAAGAUCACUUCCCUACUGGCAAUAUACCGACUGCUAAAUGUAUGACUUCAUAAUACUUUUGGUUCAGAGAAGAGUUCGAGUUCUUCCGGUACACUUGCUUUGUGGAAGACGAAGACGGAGGCGAGCGCACGCAAGAAGCAACAACAACCAAGAGGAGCUGCUUACACGAAUACAAAGCCACCACACACCAAACACUUUUCCUUGUUUUCGUUGGUUCGCAUCCGGCAGGCAGAGACUGACCCCCGCAAAAGAAGCCUUCGCUCCUCCCCAGUCUUUUUACACUGCUUUCGUCUUCUUACCUUCCUUUGGAGCGAGUCAAAAAAUAUCGAUGCAACUCCACUUGCCAUCAUCAUGAUGGGGGGGGUCUUUUGAACGUUGGGGGAGACACCCAACGGUCCUCUCUCUCGAUCGACUUCCCUGCCCUUCCCACUGCUCCCUUCCCAUUUACCGACAAAGUUCUCGGCUUGCCCCAAUCUAAAGCUUGCCCGAGACAAAAAAGAAAAGCCCAAAUUUAUGUGAAACCCUAGCGAUCUCGCCGGUGUUCGAUCGCGUUCUGGGAGCAAAGAGGCCGGAUCGGAGCCCCGAAUGGGCAACUGCUGUCGUUCGCCAGCGGCCGUGGCCCGGAAGGAUGUCAAGACCCACUUCCCCGGAGCCCGCCACGACCAUGGCGGCCCCGGCGCCCGUGGCAAGAACCACGACCACGACGACGACCACCACCAGCAACAGAACGGUGGCGGCGGCGGCCACUCCAAGCGGAUGACGGUGCUGAGCAGCGAUGCCAAGUCGGAGGGUGCGGUCGAGGAGAGGUACGUGCUUGACCGGGAGCUCGGCCGCGGGGAGUUCGGCGUCACCUACCUCUGCAUGGAUCGCGACACCAGGGAGCUCUUCGCUUGCAAGUCGAUCUCGAAGCGGAAGCUGCGGACGGCGGUGGACGUGGAGGACGUGCGGCGGGAGGUGGCCAUAAUGCGGCACCUGCCGAGGAGCCCCAGCAUCGUGAGCCUGCGGGAGGCGUGCGAGGACGACGGCGCCGUUCACUUGGUGAUGGAGCUGUGCGAGGGCGGGGAGCUUUUCGAUCGCAUCGUGGCGAGGGGGCACUACUCGGAGCGCGCGGCGGCCGUCGUCAUGAAGACGAUCGUCGAGGUCGUGCAGCUGUGUCAUCGGCAUGGCGUCAUCCACCGUGACCUCAAGCCGGAGAACUUUUUGUUCGCUAACAAGAAGGAGAACUCGCCAUUGAAGGCAAUCGACUUCGGGCUGUCUAUAUUCUUUAAGCCUGGUGAAAGGUUUUCUGAGAUUGUUGGAAGCCCGUACUACAUGGCUCCUGAAGUUCUAAAGCGGAAUUAUGGACCAGAGAUUGACAUAUGGAGUGCGGGAGUUAUUCUCUACAUCCUCCUAUGUGGAGUUCCCCCAUUUUGGGCUGAAACCGAACAGGGAGUUGCACAAGCCAUUCUUCGUGGGAUUAUAGAUUUCAAGCGUGAACCAUGGCCUAGUGUCUCAGAAAAUGCUAAAAAUUUGGUUCGGCAGAUGUUGGAACCUGACCUCAAGCUUCGGUUAAUGGCAAAGCAAGUGCUUGAACAUCCUUGGCUUCAAAAUGCUAAAAAAGCUCCGAAUGUACCACUUGGUGAUGUUGUCAAGUCAAGGCUGAAACAGUUUUCGAGGAUGAAUAGAUUUAAAAGGAAAGCAUUGAGGGUUAUUGCUGAUCACUUGUCUAAUGAAGAAGUUGAAGACAUAAAAGAGAUGUUUAGGAUGAUGGACACUGACAACGAUGGCAUUGUUUCGCAUGAUGAACUCAAAUCUGGACUUGCUAAGUUUGGUUCACACCUUAUGGAGUCUGAAGUGCAGAUGCUCAUUGAAGCUGUUGAUACCAAUGGAAAAGGGACCCUAGAUUACGGAGAGUUUGUAGCUGUAUCUCUUCAUCUACAAAGAAUGGCAAAUGAUGAGCAUAUCAGGAGGGCCUUCUCCUUUUUUGACAAAGACGGGAAUGGCUUUAUUGAACCAGAGGAACUGCAUGUGGCACUAGCAGAAGAUGGAUCUCCUGAUAGCAUGGAUGUUGCAAACGACAUUUUACAAGAAGUUGAUACUGACAAGGAUGGGCGAAUCAGCUACGAUGAAUUUGUGGCAAUGAUGAAGACUGGGACAGAUUGGAGAAAGGCUUCACGGCACUACUCAAGAGGAAGAUUUAACAGUCUCAGCAUCAGACUAAUGAAGGAUGGGUCCUUAAACUUGGGCAAUGAAUGAACAGAUGGAACCCCUGCUUGUCUGUUGUUGAGAAUCGGUCCACUCCUACCCCCAAAAUGAUUUUUGUAUUUUGAUUAUUUUGGUUAGCGGACUUCCAUGUGCAGUGGUGUGCUUGUAGGCGUGCUUGUUGCCAUGUGAAAUCGAGGCUGUCUGGUAUAAUGUGUUGUGUUUGCUGCAAGUGUUGUACCAUAUGGGGCUUGUUUGUGUAAUAUGACCAUGGUUCAGAAGAGGACAUCCUACCAGCUGAGCCUCGGAAAUUUACGGAGAUAUAUGCUGUUCUAGGCAAUAUUACUUUUCAUUCUAAAGCACCAAACCUGAUACUUGGUACACCACAUCGAUGCUUAUGGAUCAUCCGUUCAUCGACGGACAUGUAAAAAGUUAUAAUUUGAAUGGUUGGUGAAGCCCAGUAUCUUGUGUAUUUUAUUUAUGUAUUGUGGAGCAGACUGGUUUGCUUGUGUUGCAUCCUGAGGAUAUUAUUUAUAUUUCGUUUAGUUAAAGAUCAGCAGUUGCAUCUUUAACAAAUAUGCUUCGGUUGUCAAUAAGAUAAGGGUUUCUGUG